AUGUUUAUCUUUUACAGAACGUUCGUUGUCUUUGGCGGCUAUGGUGAUCAACGUUUUUCCAAAUUACAGUCAAAUAUUAAUCAAUUGCUCAAUGGUGACAAAGGUAAUGUUGAUGAUGAAGCAUCUCCUUAUUACCAACAACUUCUUGAUUCAAUUAAAUAUUUCGAUGUUUGUUUUAAUAUUGAAAUUAAAUCAAAAGACUUUAAAGGAUGGAGUAGUAGUGAUAUUGUUGUUGAUAAAGAUGUGAAGAAUGAACAAAUCAUAGUUUUUGUCGAACAAUAUGCUCAAACAUCUAAAGGAUUAACUAUGCUUAUUGGUGUUUUAUCAUUUGGAAUUCAGGGCAAGGGAAAAUUGUUUGUCGUCAAUCAAUUGGAAAUAACUACUUACAACGGUAAGGCAAAUUUCCCAUUAUCUCGUCAAACGUAA